AUGGCGUCUUUCCCAAAAGACGACAGAUUCUUCACCAAAGACUGGACCAUUAGCCUCCCCUCUCGCCCAGAGCCGAGCCUUAGGUUUAUUCGCUUGACACCCGCCGAGACACCCGCAUUUAUACGCUUCGCAGAACGAGCAGUCAUCCCGCCGGCCCCAAAGAGCACCGAAGCCCCUCUUACCGAGCCUCAGGUCCCACCGCCAGUGGUCAUCCCCGGAGAAAGGAUGGAGAAAAUGUACGCCGAGUCUCGGACCCGGCACCACGCUCUCGACGUUUUCGUCUCAUUGGAGGGCAAGUUUGUAGGUUGGGGAGGGGUGUUUGAGAUCACCGGCCCCGGUGAGAAGCCGAGUGUCGCAAACAUCGGUAUCAGACUAAGCCCCGAGGUCCGAGGGAAGGGACUGGGAAAGACGCUCAUGCAAGUCUUGCUGCGGUUGAGUAAUGAGCUGGAUACGGAUAUCAUUGAGGCGGGCACUAUGAAGCACAAUACCUCGAUGAGAGCAGUGGCGAAGAGCGUCGGCCUGAUUGAGACGGAGGAGAUCAAGGAGCUCCCUGGGCAGGGCGUCGUGGCCGAAAUACUCUUUAAGGAUAUUGAGAGGGAGAAAUGGAGGGAUUUUGACAUGGUGAUAGAGUUUAAGGAUCAAAUUGCAAGUGAUUAA